GUUAAUUACAUUAAACAAAUAUAUAAAAAUGACAUUUUAGACGUUUUAAAAUCAAAUUUUACUAAGAAAUGUCAAAAUUGUCUUCGCAUUUUAAUAAUUGUGAAUAGGCUAAGUUUAAUUUUACAUGGAAAGGAAAAGGGCUAGGUAUAAAGGUCCAAAUACAGAUUGGAAUAACCAAGAAAAACUAAUUUCUAAGAAAACUUAUAUAAUUGUAACCAAUGAGGAAGAAGUUGAGAAUUCAGACCGCGAGGUACAGACGUUCAAAAAAGAAGAUUGGCAACAAAGUUGCAUCUUCGAUCCUGCUUUCACCGUCGAUAGUUCGUCUUCCAUGUCCGGGGAGUCUUCUUCAUCAAAUGAAUGGGUAAACUGUGAUGAUGACGUUGAUGAAGUAGAAGAAGAAAAGCCACAACCACCCGGCAUAUCUGAAGAGCAAAAUCUUAAGUUCGUAUUGACAGAUUUUCUUCCCACAAAAACAAACGACGAGCCACCAGGAAAUGAAAGUACUACGAAUGACCAGUUUCCCAAUACGUUACCUUCUAAUGAAAGUAUAGAGAGCAUAGAUUUGAAGAGUGAAUCGGAAAAUCUGAACCUAACCAGUCAGCCCUUAAUACCAACCGGGGGCAGUAAUCGUUAUGCCAGCAAUCCAUUUGUGAAUAAAGUACAAGUUUACAAAGGAAGAAUGGAACCAUAUUAUGAUACAACUUUGAUGGCAGGUAAUCCAAAAACAUUACUUUCUAACAUUAGCAAAUUUUACAUAGACGAAUACAGAGGACUGGCUACUUUAGCAGGUUACAUAUCUGAAUCAGAAACAUCUGUUUACAGUGAGGAUAGCACCAAAAGAGCCAUUAAAUCAAUUUUGAAAAGAGGGGGUAAAAACCAAAUGGGAGAUAAUCCAAAAAAGAAAGUAAGAUUCGAUCUUAACCUACGAUCAUUAGAUGAUACCAGCAGUGAUGUGAGUCAAUAUCCUCUGGAUAAGAAUGCAAAACCUAAUGAUGAAAAAAUGGAAAUAGAAGCAAAACUUACAGAAUUGAACAGUCAUUACAAACAUUCAGCCGAUACUCCCAAAGAGCAAAUAGUAGAAAGCAAUUUAGAAAUAUAUAGAGAACAAUGCAAUGCCCAAAACUAUUUUACUAACAGAGAAUGCUUACCAAAGCUUAAACAUGACUUUAAAAUGAACAAAAGUCCUGUUAUUGUUACACAAGAAUGCAAAAAUAUUCCUUAUGAUCUGCUGGCUAUUGAAGACUUAUUGGAAGAAAGUAACGAUCCCCUAAUGGCCAGUUCAGAAUUUCUAAACAGAAAAGAAAUAAAAAAUGAAUUUAGUGAAAUACAAAGAAAGCGUAGUUCUGAGAAAAUUGACACUAUAUUAAAUGAUUCAAUUUCAUUUACGUCAAUAGGAGUUCAAUCUGAUCAAUUAGAAACUGAUUCAAGAUACGGCACCCCUUCGAAACACAAUAAUAUGUCUAGAGUAUUGGAGACUGAAAGUCUCAACGGUUCAAAACUAGAAUCUAGCGAAUUGAAGAAAACCCAGACAGGAAGCAAACCCUUGAUUUCUGAAGCUGAUUAUUCUUCAUUUAUUAAAGAUUUAGUGAAUAGUUCGGGAGAUAAACUUUCUAAGUUUUUGAUCAGUCUUUCGUCAGAAAUUUCCUCUAAAUCAGGAGAAGAAAAAAUAGCAAAUGCUUUAAUGACUGUAGGAUUGUUUCAAGAGAAGAACGAAUCUCAUGAUACUUUAAAAAAAAUGCAGAAAAAAAAUUCGAACGAUAAUAUUAAGAUAAAUGAAAGAACUGUGGACUCGAAUUACCAAAAAAAAUAUAUAGGAUCAGUGAAAAACGUGAGGGAGAACGGAUUGAAUACUAAUAAAAAAAUUGAAAGAAAAAUCGUCAACAGAAGAUCUAUGAGUGAAAUAAACAUACAUGAUCUAAAAUCACGAAAACCUUAUUACAACCAUACGGAAAGAAAUGUUCAUAGUUCCAGGUUGGAUCAGCUUUACAUCAAAGAAACAGACGAUGAUUGUAUAUGGCAUAGUUUACCCCAAAAUAAUCCCAAUAUUAAUGGAGAGGUGAUGGAAAGACUUUACGAGGUAAUGGCUGAUUUGAAAAAAAAUGUAGACAAAAUAUGUAGAAAAGAAAGUACAAUACGAAUAGAAAAUGCGCAAAUAUGGCUAAAAGAAAACAAACUAGUUGAAAAGAAUAUUUCUUCAGAUGGACCGAUGAAAGCUAUUGUCUCUGAAAAAACAAAAGAAACUUACUCCCAAACAAUCGAGACUAUUGGAGUUCAUGUAGGUGAUCAUAUUCAAAGGCAAGCUUUAGGUAAAACUGAAAUACUAAUUGUAUCCAAUUCGAAAAAUGAAGAAAUAAAUAUCAAGGUGAACGAUAAAAAUAUAAAGAAUCGGUUUAUAGUUCCAUCAGUUGAGUCGAUAGAAAUAAAUAAAAUGAAUAGCGACUUGAAUGAAAUCGAAGAAAGAAAACGAUUUUUCGAAGACAACGAACACAUUCCAUUCAACGUUGUUUUCAACGAAAGAACGCAUUUACCAACACUGAAAAAAGGUAAAUAUGAAGUAGAAAUUUUUGAAAAAAUGGACGGUCAAGUUAUCCAUGAUACAAACUUCAAAACCUUUAUGAAAAAACUUACAGGGAAUUUGAACGCUAUAAAAUUAAAUAGUCUUCACAGCUACGAAAAACCGCGAAACGUAGUGCGAUCGUCCCGUUCGUCUAAAUCAAAUUCGUCACCUCAUAGCAAAACGAACAAGCCGGUACCUAACUUCAUAACCUCAUUUCUUAACAGGCUGCUCAAAUUGAGAACCAACACACCAGUAAAAAAUUCAAAUCGACAAUUCGUAAGUUCACAGAAUUGGGCUCAGGCAGAUCGGGUAAACGUUUUAAAAUCUUUUAUUCCAGAAAGUAACAAAGAAAAGACCAUUAACCCAAUCAAUGAAAGAUUCAUAGGAUCUAAUGAUUUCAAAUCUUUCAAAGUGGGUCAUACUUCUUCUAGUCGUAUGGAAUGCGACAGGGAGUACAUGAACAUGUAUGAGGGUGAAUGGCCAGACGUAAUAAAAACGAGGUACCCCAAUGGCAUGAUACAUUUCGGUCCGUUGACUAUUAUGCCUGAGCCUACUUCCGUGAAUUAUGAGAGGCAGAACGUCAAAUCGGAAAAUUGCUCCAGCUCUAAAUCUGGGAGCUGUCGUCGGUAUGUCUAUAACAAACAUAUGAAGCGUAUGGUAAAAGCGUCUAUGACGAGGAACGAGCAGCAGCCUGAAGGUGAAUUGUCCACAGAAUUCAGCGAAACCGAGCAGGAAUUUUACCAUCAGUGGAGCCAAAUGGGGAAAGUGUGAAAUGUGCUUUACUCUGUUGGGUAAAUGAGUGAUUUAAUAAAUUUUAGACUAUUUAUUAGUUUUUAAAUAAAGCUUUAAUUAAAAAUUAAAAUAAAUCAUGAAUUUAGUUCAAUUAAAAUCAUACUUGGUAUGUUUAAGGAUUUGUUAUCACAAAUUAAAGCUAAUCCUCCCCAAAAAAGGAGCGGUGUU